AACGACACAUUGUAGCGUUUGGAGCUACUACGCGAACCGCAGGAACCAUCGCAGGCUAACCCGCCCAUAAGCGUCACUGAUUCAAAUUGCAGCCGAGGCAGAGGGAGAGAAAGCAGCGAGCCGGGCUGAUCGCACUCACACACUCCGAGCAGAGGCACAGAGAGGAGCACGGAGUGACUGAGAGGCUGGAGAUCCUUCACUGGCUUUAUUUCACUUGCAUGAACACAACCGUAGACCCCCCCAGGAUCUAACGAUGUGGGCAGAAGUCGGGAAGCUUGUGCUGUUCCAUUUGUUACUCAUGGAGCUCCACUGCGCUAAAGGAACUCAUACGGAGUCAGAGUGUGAAACCGGGCAGUUUCAGUGCAAGAACGGACGGUGCAUCCCGACCCUGUGGAGAUGUGAUGAUGAUGAUGACUGCUCAGACAGCAGUGAUGAGGAAAACUGUCCAAAGAAGACGUGUGCAACCACAGACUUCGCCUGUAAGAAUGGACAGUGUGUUCCUGCUAGGUGGCGCUGUGAUGGAGAGCCAGAGUGUGCAGACGGUUCAGACGAGGCUGAUGCAAUCUGCAGCCGACAGACUUGUCCACCAGAGAAGUUUGAUUGCGGAGGCGCUGCCAGCAAAUGUGUUUCGUUGUCAUGGCGAUGCGAUGGAGAGAGAGACUGUGAGAACGGGGCAGAUGAGGAGCAGUGCGCAGCAGAUGCCAAGGCCUGCCCUUCCAAAGACUUCCAGUGCCGUAACGGGAAGUGUGUGGCACCGAUCUUCGUGUGCGACGGCGACGAUGACUGUGGGGACGCCAGCGACGAGGAGAAAUGCUCGGCUCCGACCUGCGGCCAGCACGAGUUCCGCUGCAACGACUCUGAGUGCAUCCCUGCCCUGUGGAGCUGCGACGGCGACCCGGACUGUAAGGACAAGUCCGAUGAGUCCAUGGAGCGCUGCAGCCGGAGGACGGAGCCCCAGAAGCCUCGCUGUCCGGAGGGCGAGUUCCAGUGCGGGAGUGGAGAGUGCGUCCACAUGAACUGGAAGUGUGACGGCGACGCAGACUGCAAGGAUAAAUCGGACGAAGCAAACUGCCCCCUGCUCACAUGUCGACCUGAUGAGUUCCAGUGUGGCGAUGGCUCCUGUAUCCACGGCACCAAACAGUGUAAUAAAGUUCAUGACUGUCCAGACUACAGCGAUGAAGCCGGCUGCCUCAACGUUACAAAAUGCGACGCGCCAAGAAAGUUCCGCUGUAAGAACGGGGAGUGUAUCGACAGCAACAAGGUGUGCGACAAUGUGAAAGACUGCAAGGACUGGUCUGAUGAACCUAUGAAGGAGUGCGGUGUGAACGAGUGUGCAGACAACAAUGGCGGCUGCUCUCACAUCUGCAGGGACCGGAGAAUUGGUUAUGAGUGUGACUGUCCCUCCGGGUACAAGCUCCUGGACAAAAAGACUUGUGGAGACAUAGAUGAGUGUGAGAACCCAGACGCCUGUAGUCAGAUCUGCAUUAACUACAAAGGAGAUUACAAGUGUGAGUGCUACGAAGGCUACGAGAUGGAUCCCGCCUCUAAGACCUGCAAAGCCGUGGGAAAGAGUCCAUACCUGAUGUUCACCAACCGUCAUGAAAUCCGUCGCAUUGACCUGCUGAAGAGUGAAUACACACAAGUGGUUCCCACGCUGAAGAAUGCCGUGGCCUUGGAUGUGGAUGUUUCCACCAACAAGAUGUUCUGGUGUGAUCUUUAUCAUCGUAAAAUAUACAGUGCCUACAUCAACAAGGCCAGUGACUCAUCGCAGCAGGUGACGCUCAUCGACUCGCUCCACUCCCCGGAGGGCCUGGCUGUCGACUGGGUCCAUAAGAACAUCUACUGGACGGAUUCCGGCAACAAGAGCAUCUCUGUGGCCACGGGAGAUGGCAGGAAGAGGAAAGUGCUGAUAGCCACUGAGCUGAACGAGCCACGUGCCAUCGCAGUGGAUCCACACCAAGGGUUCAUGUACUGGUCAGACUGGGGAGGUCAGGCCAAAAUUGAAAAGGCUGGGAUGAACGGAGUGGACCGACAAGUUCUGGUGUCUGAACACAUUGAGUGGCCCAAUGGAAUCACUCUGGACUUGUCCAACAGACGUCUCUACUGGGUGGACUCCAAGCUGCACCUGCUGUCCAGUGUGGAUCUGAAUGGAGACAACCGCAAAGUGCUGCUGUCCUCCCAUCACCACCUGGGACACCCCUUCGCCCUCACCGUCUUUGAGGAUCGCAUAUACUGGACAGAUCUAGAAGAUGAAGCGAUAUACAGCGCCAACCGACUGACAGGACAUGAAGUGGCAAAGGUAGCAGAGCACCUCAACAACCCUCUGGACCUGGUGGUGUUUCAUGAACAGAGGCAGCCCAAGGCCUCUGACACCUGUAACAUGGGCAGCCUGCCUAACGGCGGCUGUGAGUAUCUCUGCCUGAAGGCCCCUCAGAUCACAGACCACUCCCCCAAAUACACCUGCGCCUGUCCUGACGGCAUGGAGCUUGGACCAGACAUGAGGCGCUGUGCUAUAGUUCGACCCAGAACAACCACCACAGCUGCUCCGACCACCACAACGACCACCGCUCCCACCACGACCACCACAACGAGCACUACAACAACGAGCACCACUGUAUCCACCACCACGACUCCUCCUACCACCACCAGCACCACCAUCUCUGCUACCACCACACAAAGGCCCGCGACCAGGCGCCUCACGACGCCGACCCCUCCUCAGACCACCAGAAGCAGCAGAAGUACGGAGCACCCUCGGACCCCCGCCGCCACCAGCACAGAGACCACCAGCUUCAGCAGCACCAGUCAGACGUCUACAUCCACACACACUCCUCUACUGGGCCCAGUGGCCCCCAACAGCAUUCAGAGAGAGAGCAACGGCAACCUCUCCCACAGAGCUGCGAGUGAUCACUACCUCAUAGGUAACAACAUCACAGUAGCAGUUCUGGGGAUAGUCAUUCCUAUCGUCCCUAUCCUUGCCACAGUGGUCAUCGGCUUGCUCUGCACCGGCGGAUACCUGGUCUGGCGCAACUGGCGACGCAAGAACACCAAGAGCAUGAACUUCGACAACCCGGUUUACCGCAAAACCACAGAGGACGACGACGAUGAAAUCCACAUCGGGCGUCACAGCGAGUCCAUCGGUCACGUCUACCCAGCAGUGAGUGGCACCCACAGUCAGCCCUUCAUAGCGCUUCCUCUAGGGGGCGGCAUCACAGACAGCAACUCUCACUGGUACUCAGGGGCGCCGAUGCUCUCCAGCGGCAAAUGAGAGAGGCCGCAGAGGGAAGGAAGGAGUUUAUUUGGGAAAUGGGAGGAAGCGCAAGGGUUUGGAAAAGCCCGUUUGUUGUACAGGUCGGCCUGGUGGAGAGAAAGAACAGGCUUGCACACGGCCACAUGUUCACAUAUCAUUUUUGCAGUAAAAAACAAUUAUUAAACACACAUGUAAGCCCUUCACCACCCCACACCAUGUUCACAUUUCGUUCACCUCUGAUGACCAUAUUCACAGCGCACAUGCAUCGAUCAACACCACAUCCCUGCUGCCAACCUGCCAUCCCAUUAAACUGUACAUUGUGUUAGUGUUUCUGGUUGUUGAAGUGUUUGUCCCAGUUUCCUGACAAAACUCCCCACAUAGACAAAAGGUUUAUUUUGUUGACAGAAGCAGCAGAAGUUGCAAAAAUUCGUCUUUUUUCAUCUUGAUGUCUCCAGUAGAUAAGAGAAAAUAUGUGCCACGAGCUAACGUACCUGUCAGUGAGGAAUUUUGUGAUGUUUAUUACUUUUGUUGCUCAAACUGAUAACACAAGGUUGUCCAGAUAAUAUCCAAAAUAGAGACACGGAGUCCUGAAUAAUUACUCCUGCGCUGAUGCAAAAAUGAUUUAAGUGUUGUGAUUCUUUUGCGGGCAAAGAGGAUUCGCUUUAUAGCCACUUUGCAAGCUGACUGAAAGGAAAACAAAGCACAGGGGUAGACUGUUCUGCAAAUUAAAUUAGAUUUUUAGAGUUGCUGGUUACAUUCUAGCAUUGCACUAAUGUAUUUUUUUUCAUUGUACUAUAAUUAAUACACAAAAGAUAAAACCAAAGCACAAAUCAGGACAAGGGGCAAUCCAAACUACAAUUUUUGCCAUUUUCUGUCUUGAAUGCAGUCACAGAAACCAUGAAUCUCCGCGUCAUGACUUGCAGGCGACCCUGUUGAUUUCACACCGACUCAGACGCGGUUUUGAGGAUCACUUAAAGCUGCGUUUUCUACGAAUCCCAUAAAUCAAUACCAGCUCUAACUUGCAGUGAAAUGCACUUAAAUCUAGAGAGAGUGUAUCAUCCGGACACUUAGGACAUUUAUUGAAUAUAUUUGUUGUUUUGGGUGUCGGAGAGCGAGCAGGGAAGGGCAGCCAAAAAGGAUUACGGGGGGGAUGGGAGUGUAGCGCUUUGAUCGGUUGGCAUGGUAACACAGAUUUCUUUGUGUUGCUCCGGAGAGAAAGAAGGCAAAGAAUUCUGGGUAUCACUGGCACGAUGACAGGCUAGAAGCACACGCACACACGAAACAGGUGCACGACUGAGUCAUAUUAAGAUUCAAGGUCGAAGUAGCAGCUGCCCUCAGUGAAUAGCAGGAGGGAGGGGACCACACUCCUUCUCUCUCCUCUUACCAUUUUAUUAUUUACAUCUGUACCAAUGACUUUUAUUGUCUUUUAUCCUUUUGCUUGUUUUCUUCCUCUUCUUUCUUCUCCUGUCCUAACUUUUCUUGCUUUUGUGGCAUUGUGGCAACUCAGGCAGCCAGAGAAAUCAGGCUGGCAUUAUGUGGGCCAGACAUUUGCAGCCGUAGGCAAGCAACCUGAAUUCCUCAUCUACGAAGAGCCAGAGAAGAAGGGGACGAGCAAGUGGGGGGUAGAAAUUGGAAAGAGGAGAAGAGGAAGGUCAGGCAAAGCAGGGAGGAGUUAAAAUAUAUGAAGCUGCAGUUUUUAAUUCUGGGUUCCACCUAGACAUGAUUCUAUCUCUUUUUCUCCACUGUCCGCUGUGCUACUCUAUUUCCCUUCUCUGUUCUAUCUCACUUCUGUCUCCUUCACCAGCCUACUGUGGUAACCGUCUUUUUAUCUGCUGUUUGCAGCGCGUGGCACUCAGUCUGGAGGAUGAUGGCUAUCCCUGAGGGGGGGUGGGAUGCAUCCUGGCCCCCUCCUCUCACCACAGCCUCUACACCACUACAGUGAGGCCAGUACAACGCAGAGGAGAAAGAGAAGGAGUCCUCAUUUGCCUCCCCUUUUUAAGGAGCAGGGAUGACAUGUACAUGUUGUAAAAUCCCCCUCCUACUUUCUCCACUGGAGUAACAUUACUACCAUUACUAGCCACUACUACUACUACCACUAGUGUUAGUUUAGUAGCCUCUGCUCCGCUCCUCUCUGCUCUCUGCCUCCUGUUUAGCAGUAGUGGUGUGUGAAAUGCUGCUUGAUGAUAUUGUUCACACUAACCUCAUUCAGCUGUCUGAGUGCACAUUGUAAAUAGAAGGCUUUCUGACCACCGUACAAGUGGAAAAAGCCGGCAUGCAUAAUUUUAAAUUCCUCAUUUUUUUUUUGACUCUUUAUUUAUUUGUGUUUGCUGUUGUAAAUAUGUACCAGCAUCUCUCAGUGCAUAGUACUAAAGGCACAUUAGACAAAGUUUGCAAGGGUAUACAGUGUAGCACAGUGGUAGGCAAGGACGCUGUGUUUCUUUAUAGUUGCUCUAAAGUUGACAAGACAUACUUUCUGAAAGGGAGAAUGUCAUCCUUUUUCACACCCAGCCCCUCAGAUUUGCCCCUUGACAUACUAUAGAGCUAAACAUAGCCCAGGGGGAAGGAGAGAUGGAAUGAUGGGGUUGUCUGCACAUUUGGAGGUGAUUUUGGGGUGAAAGAGUACGGGAGGGUGCUUUUUUUUUCUUCUUCUUCUUCUUGGAGGGGGGAAUGGGAGGAUUUGUGCCACCAGAGGGUAGUGCCUCAAGGCAAAAAGCAGCAGGGCAGAAAAGGCAAAGGAUUAUGGGUAAUCCUCUCUUCUGGUAUCAGAGGUAUGCGCAGAGUCGAUAAUGAACUUGGGAUUGUUUGCUUAUUUGCGGUGGGUGUUAGGACUCACACAUCCCUCUGACAUCUGUUUGUGUUCAUGUCUGCUGGCAUCAAUAAUUUGAAAGGUGGAACAUCAUUUGCAGACGGCAUGGAGUUUUACAAAACACCUUCCUGGGACUGUUUCGAGAUACGGAUAUGGAGCUGAGGCCUCAACAUGGAGAAUACACAAAAAGAAAUAUUCAUUAUUGCAUCAAUUUUCAAAACAAUAGACACAGCUUUCAGUGUUUUUUUUCUGUUUUGUCUCAUUUUGUGGUCGGAUCUGCAUACAUUUUAACACAUAGUUGCACAUACUGUUUUGAAAUCCUGUUGAAAGUAAAGGUUAGAAAAUGAAGGAAGACAAAGGCAGACCAACAGCUGCUUCAUUUUUGAUUACUAGUUGAUUUAAGUUGCAGCCUCUUGAAAUGUUUAUGAACAGAUAUUGAUGUAGAAAUAAGAGAUUGUGAUAGAUGUGCUGACACAUACUCCACAUAUACUCUCUUGGACAGCAAGACAAAGUUGAACAAAUGUAUAUUAUGUUCCUUCAUUGACUCACUGAAACACUGGCACAAUUAUUGAUAGAUACAGACAACUGUCAAGUGUGAGUUUUCAUCUGUGCUUGCUAUAUUUUGGACCAGCACAGCUCCCCAUCGAUCACUUUUCCUUUGGUGCGACAUAACUCAAAUAUAUGAUCUUUUAGCUGCUGCCCAACACAACAGUAUUUGAACUUGAGCAACCCUGUAAACAUCAUUCACCGGCCUGGUUUUGGUGUUUUUUAGCACAAUGACUUCAGCACCUUUAUUCGUCAUUUUUUACCAUGCAGUUCUGUGUUUUCUGGAUGGGAUGAUGUAGAAACAGAGCUCACAUUUUGUAGAGAAAUCCCUUUCUGCUGUCACUGGAGGUUUAUUGCGGUUGCGAGUGGCCUUGAUUUGUAUGAGCAGAUGAGUAAUAAGCCAAGGCUGACUGAGUCGGGCGGUGAUUUGAUUUGAAAGCUGGAUAGAGAGGAAACGUGUGAACCAGCGUGAAGAGGUGAUCUUCCAUUGGCUUGCCUCAGACAUGCUUCCAGCCCAUUGAAUCAGAUGGAAUUAAUGCCCAGUGAAUACUGCAGUAAUUGCUCAUACUGUGUUGGAUAGUGAAUCACUAGAGGCCGUUAUGACAGAAUAACAUAAUAGCUGUUACAAGUAGUUAUGACCAAUUAACAGCUCUUAUAUUCUGCCCAUCAUGUAGUUGUUUAAAGGGCAUUCUGUCAAAGUUAAGCACACAUAUAAUUCAUUAUAUUUGGCAUAAAGCAUUUUUCUUCAUUGUUGAGAUGAUAUGUCCAACACCUGUCUUCCAUUCUUAGGUUAACGAAUCUGUAGUGUUCCAUUUCAGAUGUGCUGUUGCUUGGUGCCUCCUGAUUUGACGGAAUAACAUGCAAAAAAGUAUCUAAUGCAAACUUUAAAGUCUUCCUACAUGGGUUCAGUCUAGUCUCAGAUUAUGUAUUCAAGCAACCACUCUUGAUUAAUGAUAGUUAUUAUUCAUGGCUCUGGCUCUCUCGGAAAGGUUUGUUCAGUGUGGGGGCUCGGAUAACCACAAGGGAAGAAGAGAGAGACAGUAAAAACAGACGAAGACAAAGGUAGGCAGGGCACGACUGCCAGGAUUUAUAUUACACCAUAUGCGAGCAGGUUUGUGCUUGGAAGAUGAAUGGUGGGUCAUUUAUUUUGCCGGAUUUCUGCCAAUGUUGUGUUGCGGUAUUUUGAGACUCACUCCUCUCACGUCCCCCAGAAAGAUGGCACUGGCUUCUCUCAGCUUAUGAUGCACCGUGGGCGAUUUGUAUUUACUGUAUGUGACAAGUUGCAUGCUAGACAGGUAAAUUCUAGUCCUCUGCAGCACCGUAAUCUCCCUUGUCUGUCAGACGUAGGAGGUAUGAGCUAAAGGGGGAGGUCAUCGCCCUUCGUUUUGACCCCGUAGAGAUGAGGCAAAAUAACAUGCAUUACACCGUGGGGAAGACUAUGACUCAUCUCAGCAUGGUUGACUGGUUUGGUAGCGUCAUGCAGUGUUUGGUUUUUAGGCAGGAUUUAGGGUUGCCAUACAGACAGUAGCAAAAACAGGAAAAAACUGAGUGUCUUAGCAAGAUGUUGGACCACUAUGUGUCUCCAGAACAGCUUCAGCUCCUCCUUCUCUGGAGUCUCUAGGACUCUACUGGAAGGUUAAACUCCAUUCUUCCAAAAGAUAUUCCCUCAUUUGGUGUUUUGAUGAUGUUGGUGGAGAGUCUAACACAUUGGUCCAAAAUCUCCCUCAGAUGUUCAUUUGACUUGAGAUCUGAUGACUGUUAAAGGUCAUACCAUAUGAUUCACCUCAUUUUCAUUUUCAUCAAACCACUCAGUGACCCCUCGUGCCCUAUGGAUGGGAGAAUAGACACCCUGAAAGAGACCACUCCCAUCAGGGUAGAAAUGUUUCGUCGUAGGGGAUCACUCAAACAAAUUCGUAUUGAUUUGCAGUGACCCUUUCCUCUUGGGGGCAAGUGGACCCAAACCAUUCCAGAAAAUCUCUCCCUUUAGAAUAACAGACCAACUGGAUCCCCUCAGAAGUCAAGCAUUUAGGCUUUGCUUUAAUAUGUCCCCCAUCUGUGCUGCACAUGAAUUGUUAUGAUACUUACAAGAUCAUAUUUCCUAACUCCUGCGUUUCAAGGAGAGACAAAGGUAGUGAUGUAAGGUUACCAGAAAGAUGCUACAGGUCAGACAUGUUGGCGAAUUUAAGAUAAAAUAAAUCACAAGACCAGUGCUAGAUGGAACCCUCAGCUGAGUCAGCUCUGCACUCCUUCAUGUCCAUGUCUGCUUCAGGUCUAAUGGAGUUCCAUGCUGAGGGUUUGCAGUUAGCAGAAUAAAUUGCUUAUUUAUUGAGGUGCCUGAGCGUGGCAUUGUAGGAAAGUUAUUAUGGCUACAGUGUGAAGGCAGACUGGCUGAUCCACCUCGACAGCAGCCGUCUACACUACACUAAAGGAGAAAGUCCAGCAGAGGGAUUUGGUCAUUUACUGUAUGGGGUAGUAAUCAUAGUGGUAGUGAGGGCCUGCUGUGACCGUAUGCUUUCUAGACACCUGCCGCACUGCUGCUCCAUAUUUACAGGGAUCAUUUAGGCACCAUAAUGUCAGCAUCAUCAUGGUUUUACUGCUGGUCAGACCCAUAAACAACUGGCUACAGUUAUAAGGAUCAAUUUGAGCUCUCAUGCUGAAAAUGUUGGAGUCGUUUAUUGGCUGCGUGUGUUAAUGUACAUAUGUUGAAUUAUUCAGUAAUUGCAAUACAGGUACUAAGUGCGUAUGUGUUUUCCAGUGGAGUUUCGUGGUUAUCCCAGUAACAAUGAACUGGGUCAGUAUUUGCUGCUUUGGAGAACCAACAUGCAACAUGAAAUCUUGCAUAGUUACUUAACACUCAAGUAGAAAAUUAGCUUUUUGUAAUACAUGGUGUUUUUUAAAUUAAAUUUCAAGUGCGCCUAUGUUCAAUUACCAGACACAUCCACUACUAUUCUAGUUCUGGAUCAGAACAUUUACUUUGCUUGACACUUUACCACUUUACUGGUAAAGUUUCAAUGUUUCUGAUAAAUAUGAUGAGUUUUUUGAGUGAUCAGUUGGGUAUUUAGUUGGUGUGUGAAUUGUACAAGCUCUGAAAGAUUACACGCUGCCAGAACAUUCUCACUAAGAUCAGAAGAUACUGUGAUUCAGUUUCUUUGCUGAAGCGAGAGACAGGCUAGAUUUGUUUUGGAAAUCCAUGUUUAAGUGGAAACAACUUUGAAUUUUACUUUACGUCAGAGAGUCAAUCCUGUCUCCUAGAAAUAGGAUUCCCAAAUAUGUUCUGUUGUCAAGUUUAACUAUUGCUUGCACUUUGUUCAGAGGCAAGGUGAGGUUUUUUGCUGCUCUUAAGUUUAAUUCUCAGUUUGUGUUUAUCUUUAUUUUCACUCACUAAUUGGUUGGGUUUAGACACCUAAAAAUGUUGUUAGAUUUACAAAUGUAUCAUGCAUUGGGUUAGAAUUGCAACAUUCAUUAAACAAAUGUUUGAAGCUUAGUUAGAUUUAAGAAUAAAAUAUGACCCUUUCACAACAUAUUAAAGCUUCUCCUCCAGUUUUUGGGAACCAGGGUGACGGGUCCCGUCCCAUCUAAUAUAUGAUCGGUUUACAUAAAAGGAGUGACAGUAAAGCAAUUAAAAUAGUCUGAUAUAUGCUGAUUAGACCUGCAUUUGUCACACCUUUACAGACAAACAUUAUCUGGUAGAAAAUACAUUUUCCUCUAAAUGUCUUUGAAUGCAGUUUAGUUAUAAAGGAGCCUUAUUGUAUUAACAUUUGUGAUAAAUUGUGGUUUUGGUUAAAUACUAGUGAACACCAUCUGUCCCAAGUCACUGCAGACUUUUUCUGUAUUAAAGCAGACCAUAUUUUUUCUCUGAACUUAGCAAUGAAAACAUUUGUUAAUGCUGUAGGUACUACAGACAGGCAUGGUAAUACAGCACAGGCUGUUCGGGCAGAAAACAAAUGAAACAGGUUGUGAUUGAGCUUUUGUUGAUAGAAAAUGGGAUUCAUGGUGCAGUACAUUUUCUACAAAUUGUAAAUUCUGGUGCAAGUAAGUAUGUAAAUGUAGUGUCUAGGAGACAGGGUUGCAAAGAAAAUGUUUGCUCUGUAGAAAUGCUCAGUAAAAUUCCUUGUGCAGACCUAUUCAUCUAAAUAUUUAACUCCUCAUUUAAACUCACACAUGAAUUCCUAACAAAUCCUAAUGCAUAAUGGACAUGUUACUGCAAAACUAGGUCAAACGAAAUGCCAUCUGUGGCAUCUGUUUCAUUUUAUGAGGAAGCUGUUAAUUUUAUUAUUAAUUUUAUUAGCUCAUCAUAGCUAAAUACUAACAGCCCCGAUAAUCCAUUAUCUAAUAGAACUAUAAUUACACUGCUCCUGAUUUGUGCUCCGUUUUAACUCUGCUGUUGCUUGUCCUUUCCUUCCUCCCUCUCUGCACUCUUAAAAUCGUUUUCCAAUGUUUUCUGAGCAGAGAAUACGCUGCUUUAACCAGAACACUUUCUAACAUCACCCCAUCACUUCACCUCCUCAUGCGCUUUAUCGAACGUGACACCAGCUGUGAGCUUUCAAGUCUUUCUUUGGUUGUUGUGCUACUGAAUUUCAGCUUAGAGAGCGUAGUCAGCAUUGUUGUCUCUGUGCACUCUCAUCCUCUCGCCCUCCCAUCCUCAUCUCAGCUAUCGACAUCUUUCCUUUGGCAAGGGCUCUCGGUCUUUGGGUAGACAGGCACACACACUGGAAGAAUUAGGAAAAACACUGGAGGAAAUAAUCUGGAACCCCAAAAACAACAAGGAAACCCCCAGAGCGGGAAAAUAAAAAACAAAACCCUUCCCGAAUGUGAACCAGCAAAGCGGCGAACACUCAGCCAGGAGAAGCAGCCUCCCCCCGCGAGCUACAGUUUUGGACGGUGGAAGGAACCCUCAGUGACUCUACUUGGCUGGCAUUUAGCUCUCGUUGACCCAGUGACUUUCCUUGAUCAAAUGGUUCCUCUUUUUUUCAUGUUUUCUUUUGGCCUGUGAGUCUGUUAAGUGAGUUGUAGUUGUUGCUCUCUCUCUCUCUCUCCUCGCCAAACCAUUCCCGGUUUCAUAUUACUUGAUGUUUGAUUACUUGAAGGGCAGUGUUCAGUCGCCUACAUUUUUCUACCAGUCGGUGUAAAACGAAGGUUGUGGGGGUGAAAACGGGAGGUUGUGAAAUCUGUUUGUGUAAAUCUUUUUAUGGGUUGGGAUGAUGAUAUACAGGGGCAACAUUUUGAUAAAUCACAUUACUGUCACGGAUUUGGACAUUUUGCUUCACCGGUGAUUGAGGUGGGAGACUCUCACUUCCAAGUAUCAGAUCCAGUUGGCUGCAGUUUCCGCAAAACUGUCCACCUGCAUUUUCUCAAAAUGUUGCUGAUGUGUCAUUGCCUGCAAGGACAUCUCAAAAUCCAUUCGGGGGGAGGAGGAGGGGGCUCUGUCCAUUCCUCAGCCAUAUGACAGGCAUUUUUUUACGCUGUUUGUUGCACAAAAACUUUUCAAGAAGCCUUCUGCACUGUGUAAAGAGAUAACGUUCUUAGUAGGGGAGGAAAUAAAACGGGGGGGGAGGGAGGGGAGGGUGUCCAAUGGUACAGUCCAAUGGGUUUGAAUCAUGACUUGUAAAUAAUACGUUUUCAUACAGCAAAAACUUUUUGAUAAUGUUUUAAAUGUAUCUGUAAAAAAAAAAGAAAAAAAAAAAAAGAUGUACAUAAACUUCUGGGGUGAAAAGGAGUGUAGA